ACAUAGCUCGCCAGGUUUUUUCCCAACGCCAAUCCACUCUUCCCCUCCUGUUUUCUCCACUCCCCUCUGCUGUCCCCACCCCAGAUUCCCGUGCAAUUUUCCCCAAUCCCAAACACUUAAUUGAGCAAUUGGGAUUCCUCACGUGUGGGCUGAUUUGUAGUUUGAACACGUGGCUCAUUCAAAAAAGCCGGAAUAGCAGAGGAUUUUUUUUCUCCCCCUUCUUCUUCUAGGCUCUAGACUUAGAGGCGGGCGCCAGCCUUACCGUGUGUGACAUUCACUGUCUCUUUGCCAAGGGGUUUGGAGGAAGACACAAAGUAGUUUCUCCUCCUUUUCACCCAGCCCGCCAUCGUUUGGAGACACGAGAUUAAUAAUUGAGCAUUUAUUUAUUGCGCGAUAGAGACAGCGGGGCGAGGGAGAGCAAGCGCACUCUGAAGCUGCCAGUUUAAAUCUAUCUGUGGCUUGAACGACCGGGAAGCACGCCACAGCCACUCCGUAGUAGUAAAGGCGAUUUAGGCUACUCCAAACACUGCACAUCCGUUAGAGCAAAGAACUAUCUCUCCCUCAGCGUAAAGAUUGUCCCUUUUCGGCGCAGAACAUGAAUAAGCUAUACAUUGGCAACGUGAGCGCCGAGGCGAGCGAGGAGGACUUCGAAACUAUCUUUGAGCAGUGGAAGAUUCCGCACAGUGGUCCAUUUCUUGUCAAAACUGGCUAUGCGUUUGUGGAUUGCCCGGACGAGAAGACUGCGAUGAAGGCCAUUGAUGUUCUUUCAGGUAAAGUUGAACUUCAUGGGAAAGUUCUCGAAGUGGAGCACUCGGUCCCUAAACGUCAAAGGAGCUGUAAGCUGCAGAUCAGGAACAUCCCGCCUCACAUGCAGUGGGAGGUUUUGGAUGGUAUGCUUGCUCAGUAUGGUGCAGUAGAGAGCUGUGAACAAGUAAACACUGACACAGAGACUGCGGUAGUCAACGUUCGAUAUGCAGCCAAGGAACAGGCCAGGCUUGCAAUGGAGAAACUGAAUGGAUCUAUGAUGGAGAACUAUGCCUUGAAAGUAUCCUAUAUCCCAGAUGAGACUGCUAGCCCUGAAGGUCCUCCGACGGGGAGCAGAAGAGGCUUUAAUACCCGUGGGCCCCCUCGAUCCAGCUCUCCAGGUCUGGGUGCUCGACCCAAAGUGCAGUCUGACAUCCCACUGCGCGUGCUGGUUCCCACACAGUUUGUAGGGGCAAUUAUUGGCAAGGAGGGCGCCACUAUCCGCAACAUCACCAAACAGACCCACUCAAAGAUAGACAUUCAUAGGAAAGAAAACGCAGGUGCAGCAGAGAAGCCCAUCACAAUUCAUUCGACCCCUGAAGGUUGUUCAAGUGCUUGUACAACCAUCAUGGAGAUCAUGCAGAAGGAAGCUGUCGACACAAAGUUUACUGAGGAGAUCCCACUGAAGAUACUCGCACACAACAACUUUGUAGGAAGAUUAAUCGGGAAGGAAGGACGCAACCUGAAGAAAAUCGAGCAGGAUACGGGGACCAAGAUCACAAUUUCACCUCUGCAGGACUUGACCCUGUACAACCCAGAGAGGACCAUCACAGUGAAGGGCUCCAUCGAGGCCUGCUCAAGAGCAGAGCAGGAGGUGAUGAAGAAGAUCAGGGAAUCGUAUGAGAGUGACAUGGCUGCUAUGAACCUCCAGUCCAACCUGAUUCCAGGCUUGAAUCUGAAUGCUUUGGGGUUGUUUCCCAGUGGAGCACCAGGCAUGGGUGCCUCCAUGUCCAGUGUCCCACCCCCUGGAGCCCACGGUGCAUGCUCAUCAUUCGGUCAGGGACACCCGGAGUCAGAGACAGUGCACCUGUUCAUCCCAGCACUUGCAGUCGGAGCCAUCAUUGGAAAACAGGGUCAACACAUCAAACAGCUGUCACACUUUGCUGGAGCCUCAAUCAAGAUUGCCCCUGCAGAAGGAAUGGAUGCCAAACAGAGGAUGGUCAUCAUUAUUGGACCGCCAGAGGCUCAGUUUAAGGCUCAGUGUCGCAUUUUUGGCAAGCUGAAGGAAGAGAACUUCUUUGGACCCAAGGAAGAGGUGAAGUUGGAGGCUCACAUUAAGGUUCCCUCCUUUGCUGCUGGACGAGUCAUCGGCAAGGGUGGGAAAACGGUAAACGAGCUGCAGAACCUGACCUGUGCUGAAGUGGUAGUGCCCAGGGACCAGACUCCUGAUGAGAACGACCAGGUUAUAGUCAAGAUCAGCGGACACUUCUUUGCUUGCCAGCUGGCCCAGAGGAAGAUUCAGGAGAUCCUGGCCCAGGUGAGGAGGCAGCAGCAGCCCAAGCCCACAUCUGGAGCCCAACCUUCACUGCCCCGCAGGAAAUAAAGAUCCAGCGGACCUGGAGGAAUGGUGACUGAAUCUGCCAGGAGACUUGACAGAUGGACAGAUGCAGCAGAGUCCUGGGGGAGAAGAUGAUGACAAGGGUUGUAAUGUUCAUCUCAGGGGUCAAAGGUUAUCAGAACCCAACCAAACAUCUACCCCUCCUUGUCUUACUUGAUGAACUUUCAAGUGUGGCUAAUAAAGAGGCCCUACGUCUCCAAACCUCCACCCACCUCACCGCUCUGCAUCUUUGCGAGAAUGUACUUCUGAGGGCUCCCAACUACGUCACCUGCCCUCACAUGUACACACCCCUUGACCGCUCUCCUCCUCCCCAUCAUGGGUGUGUUAACUUUACUUUUUUUCUUUUUACACUAGAAACACAAAGAAGAAAUAAGGAUCCCCCUCCUAUCACCUCCUUGGUGUGGUACUUCAAACCUGACAGGAUGUUUUGGUUGACUUCAUAUUUAGUUUUUUUUUUGUUUGUUUUUUUUUUUUUUUAGUGUUUAAUUGGUUGAUGAAGCUUUCUUAUAAGUUUUCUGUGGAAAGGAAAAGGCAUUGCUAUCAAGGUCCUAGUUGGACCGACAGAGGUUUAUUUUGGGGGAGGGUUGGCUCAGAUUGGGUGGGCCAUGUUUCGGGGAAAGAUUCUUGUUUCAGGACAGGACCCCUGAAAGGGUGGAUUAUGUUGGGUGUCCUGCCCUUGUAAUGAUAGUGGCAUUUUAUAAAUUUGGAUGCAUUUUAUAGAUAGACCUAUAUACAUAGAUGAAUAUAUAUUUAGAAGUGAGGGCAGCGCCAUGACUGACACUUAGGGAAACGGUGCCGAACUGCUGCUGCCCUGGAAAACCAAUUUAAUAUGCAUUUUACUUAACUACCUCAGGAUCUAGUACCUCAGAAGAGAAAAGAAAAUGAUUAUAUAUAUAUGAAAAAAAUGUUCCUUUCUUUUUUAUUUUGCUUUUGUGGUAUUUUGUAUACUUUAUAAAGCUGAUAGUCUUUGAACAUUUUUAUUUUUUUAAGAAAAUUUAAAAUUUGGUCAGCUGCCAACUGACCUUGCCUUCAACUCUGGUGCUUUAGGUGGCAUUGUUCAUGUGUUUGUGUGACUUAGGAUGACCCUGUACAUAAAGUCUAUUUGUACAUAGAAGCCCCGGAGCAAGAGUUGGCGCCCCCUCAGCUGGCGGCUGACAGGAGUAUCGAGAGAAAAUCGCCUCAGUUUUUCCCCUGAGGGUCCACCAUCUUCUUGGAGAAAAAAAAAAGUACAAAACAACUAAGACAUGCAAAUAAUGCCAACCGUACAUAAUUGCAGCAAUGCCAUUUAGUUUUGGGAUUGACAUUGUUAUUGGUAAUGGUACUUUAAUUUGUCAAAUUUCCUUUUUGCCCUCCUAGGAGGGCUGUGGUCAGGGCAGUGCAGUGUGGACUGUAGCAGUCCUCUCUCUCGCUGUCCUAGAGUCAGCAAAACGUCUGUUUUUUCUUUUGUUUUCUUUUUUUGGCUGUUCCCAGACCAUUUGCCACCAUCUUAAAUGAUGGUGUCUUAGCAAGGUCCAAGCCAGGCUAGGUUUAUUUUCAUAGAGCCAGCUUUGUCAGUUCGGAGUGGCCCCUGUAGCCAGGCCAUCAAACCAAUGUUAACGUUGUUCACUGCAUGGUGAGGGUAGGGGGAGUCACACUGAUAGAUGCAUUUUUUUUUCUUGCGCUAUACUAAAAUGAUUUAAGCAAAAGACAUUCUCUGUAACCCACAAAUGCUUCAAUUUGUUGUUCAUACAGGGAAAACAAGCCAGAAAAGGCACACUAAAUACUGAAUGAACCCUGACUUGGGGGGAAAAAAAAGAAGAGGAAAGGAAUCCAAAACUUAAAUAUACAAUUUAUUUCAUUUGUCUCUUCAUGCCGAAUGUAAAUAUGUUGAUUGUGGUAAAAGUGCUCGAGUGUAUCCAUGCUUCCACAGUAGAACGCCGUCUACCUCAGCUGAGGGGGUUGGGGCACUAGGCACCCCACCCUGCCCCCACUGAGCGCCAGCGCGCACUGAUACCUCAGUCCCCCAGAACACUUCUUUCUACAUGGGCGCCAUCCUAACACCGCGCUUAACUGAGGGGCACAAGUGAUACUUAAAAUUAUCCC